AUGAGAGAGAAAAUACGAAGGAAAGUUCCAGCAAGCCAAACCCAUGCCUUCCUUCCAAGGCAUCCAAGAACAACACCCAAAGCAAAGUAUCACUCCUCUUUCCUCAACAAAAACAGAAUUUUUUCCCUACCAGAGAGCAAAAAGACAGAGACCAAAAAAAACCCAAGUAAAAGCCAUUCCUUUUUUCCAUUUCUAUUGCAGAAAUGGAUGGCUAUCCAGCUUCAACGACACCGAAACCCCCACAAAUCUCUGAAAUGCUUCAAAAAUUCGCCUUGGCUUUCAAGACCAAAACUUUCGAGUUCUUUGCCGACGAAGACAAUAACAACAACCACCCUUCUGACUCCGAAGGAUUUUCCCUCCUCGACUCCACCGAAGACUUCAUUACCGACCAAAAAGUCGUCGUCAUCAAGCCUGACCCACCUCCAUAUUCCUCUUCCCUGAUUAAUAACAGUUUCCAGAAUAGAACCAUCGAUACCCAGAUGGCUGACUCUUUGAUUUCUUCUGUUUUUGCUGCUGUUUCUUCGUUCGAAGAUUCCUAUCUUCAGUUACAAACUUCGCACGUGCCGUUCGUGGAGGAAAGUCUGAAAGCAGCUGAUAGAGCUUUGGUUACUCAUCUGCAAAGAUUGUCUGAUUUGAAGCGUUUUUAUAGGGAAUUUCAAAAAAAUCCCAAUUUUGAAGCUGGGUUGUCUCUUGGGUCUUGCUUGGAAGCUCAAGUGCAAGAGAAUCAAAGCAAGUUGAGAACUUUGGAAACGAUUUCAAACCGUUUGCAAGAAGAGAUUGAUGAAAAAGACAAUGGAGUUUCAUCUUUGAGGAAGAAAUUAGCUGAGAUUCAAUGGGCUAACACGAAAUUAUCCCAAAAAUUGUCUGAUAAUUGGAAUUCAGCUUGUCAUGUUCUGUUAACUGUUAGGGUUUUUUAUUCUAUUUUGCAUGAUGCUUGUAGAGCAACCCAUAAGUUUAGUAAGAUUUUGAUUGGCUUGAUGAGAAAGGCUGGCUGGGAUCUUGAUUUGGUGGCAAAUUCAGUUUAUCCUAAUAUUGAUUAUGCUAAGAAAGGACACAAUAGAUUUGCUUUUUUGUCAUAUGUUUGUUUGGGGAUGUUUCAGGGUUUCGAUUUUGAAGGGUUUGGUUUGAGCGAGAAUGAACGUUUGUGUAAUGGGAAUAAUGCUACUAGUUCAUUGAAGCAAUUAGUUGAGCACGUAUCUAGCAAUCCUAUGGAGUUGCUGAGUAGGAACCAAAACUGUGAAUAUUCAAGAUUUUGUGAGAAGAAGUAUCAGGAGCUUAUUCAUCCCACCAUGGAGUCAUCGAUUUUUAGCAAUUUGGAAAAAAAUGAGGUUGUGCUGAAUUCAUGGCGGUCGUUGAGCAUAUUCUAUGAGUCAUUUGUUAGCAUGGCUAGUUCCAUAUGGACACUUCAUAAGCUGGCUUUUUCAUUUGAUCCUGUUGUUGAGAUAUUUCAAGUUGAAAGAGGAGUUGAUUUUUCACUGGUAUACAUGGCAGAUAUCGUCAGGAGAUGUAACUUUCCUGGCCAAACUAGGGUUAAAGUGGGGUUCACUGUGGUUCCAGGAUUUAAAAUUGGAAGGACUGUGAUUCAGUCUCAGGUCUAUUUAAGUGGGUUGAAAUGUACAGGGUAGUUGCUUAUGUAUAGCACAUGUGGAGAUUAAGUUAUAAUAAAUCUUCUCUUGUUAAAGGGAUUUUGGAGCAAAGGUUAUUUUGGUUGGAAUCCUUGAUGGGCUGGAAUUGUGGGUAAACCAUAAUGACAUUAUGACACCUGAAUCCUAAAGAUCAAAGUUUCAGUUUUAGUAGCUGUCUUGAUCCUCGAGAAGAUACCUACUAUCUAAAGUGAAAACCCUUAAAGAAAUACAAAUUCUGCUGCUGCACUUUGCACCGGGCUCUAGGGAGUGACUGCAUUAAGGCAGCUUCUUGGCCAUUUUCGUAUCCGGAACAGCAUCUCCAGGUUGUGAAUUUCUUUUCUUACAAUUCUCAUGUGAGUCCAAUGUAGAAAUGAAUGUAAAGCUUUUUUCCUCUUUUUUUUUUUUUUAAUAAGCUUUGUGAGUUCCUUUGACACAAGAAAAAUACUACCCAACUGUGUAUCCACAUAGUUGUUACUUGUACAGUUUGACUUUGUAUUAUUCCACUUUUAAGUUGUGUCUUUGAUUAAAGCAAAAUCCAUCUUGAGAAAACUUGCACUGCUAUUUUAAUGUGUUUGAGUUCUUUAAUUGUAUUAGGUUGUUAUGGAUGAUCCACUUAGAUCAUAUCUUUUGGUUGGUUAAAAAGGCACUUUCAUUGCUUUUCUUCAAAUCAAUUGAAUCAGGAGCCUGGUUUUUAUCAUAAUUGAUUG